UCAAAAAAGAAUUUAUUAGGAACUAUUUUGGUAUUUUUUUACUCCAUACCAGCUAAUUAUAUAAAAAUUUCUUAAAAUGAUCAAUUCUAAUGAAUUUUGUAAAUAAAAAAUGUAUACCCCCGAGUAUUUGAUUCGAUUUUAAAAUAAACUGAUUAUUUUAAAAUAAUCAUUUUAUCUUUAUUUGGCUAUUAUAGACUAUAGUCCUUCGUCCCUUCAAAUUGUAAUCUCCAGCUGCACAGCACAGCCAUGGCUACUCUCCUUCCUCUGUCCUUGCGAAUCAAUUCCACCCCUGGCUUCACAGGAUAUCCAAACCUCUCCUCUUCGUUCAAGGGAAGUACGAGGACUUUUAAAGCAAAUCCAUGCCAAUUCCCAUGUGUAAGACUCAGAAAAAUAAAGCCUAAUUCAAGAACAACAUUCACUGUAUUCAACCUAGCUCCCGAAUCAGCAAAGAUUGAUGCACCCCGGUUCCGGCUCAAUAACUUGGGGCCGCAACCUGGCUCCACUAAGAACAGAAAGAGGAAGGGUAGAGGUCACGCAGCUGGGCAAGGAGGCAGCUGUGGAUUUGGGAUGAGAGGUCAGAAAUCAAGGUCUGGGCCUGGAGUUCGAAAGGGGUUUGAAGGGGGUCAGAUGCCACUCUAUAGGAGACUUCCCAAGCUCAAAGGCAUUGCUGGAGGUAUGCGUGCUGGACUACCAAAAUAUGUCCCUGUGAACUUGAAAGACAUAGAAGCUGCUGGAUUUCAUGAAGGAGAAGUGGUGUCACUUGAAUCCUUGAGUGAGAAGGGCAUUAUAAAUCCAUCGGGAAGAGAAAAGAGGUUACCACUAAAGAUCCUAGGUGACGGCGAGCUUGGAGUGAAGCUAACGUUGAAAGCCCGAGCAUUUUCAGCCUCAGCAAAGCAGAAGCUCGAGGCGGCCGGUUGCUCGCUGACUGUUCUACCGGGGCGAAAAAAGUGGGUGAAGCCAUCGGUUGCUAAGAACCUUGCCAGAGCAGAAGAAUAUUUUGCCAAGAAAAGAGCAGCUGCCCUAUCAGCGGACUCCUCUCCUUCUUCUGUCUGAUGUGAGCCACCUUAUUCCCUCUCUUCAUUUUGUAAAGCAACACUUGGAAAACUUUUCUCUGAAUCAUUGGUAAUUCCAGGAUUAACCCUGUAUUUCUGUUGAUACUCCCAAGUUUGACACAUUUAAGUUUUGAAUCUUCAACUCCAUGGGUGGAAUGGAAAACAAAAUGUCCUCUUAGCUUGUUAGAUAGUAGUUAAGGAGUAUAUCAUAAAACCAGAGGACUUUUUUUUUUGAAUUGAACUAUGUGUACCCCAAAAAUUGUACCCCACUUUGUACCCCGAAGACAUACACCAAUAUUUUGUGCUAGUGUACUGCUAGUGUGAUGGAAUA